UCCCUGCUGGACGCUGAGCUUCUUGAGGCUAGAACCCUUUGUUGAGUGCACAGUGCCUGCCACGAAGAUUGGCUUUGCUGCCUUUGACCGCUCCCACCAGAUGGAAAGGGAGACUGGGAAGGCCACGGAUCGACUAGCCAGAGGGGCACAGAGCAUCCCUAAUGAUAGUCCUGUCCAUGGUGAGGGUGCCCAUUGUGAAGAGGAAGACUUUGCUUUGGAUGAUGAGGAUUCUGAUGGGGAACUGAAUGCCUGGGAGCUGCCAGAAGGGGUUUCCGGCUGCCUGCCCAAGGAACAGACAGCUGAUCUUUUCAAUGAGGACUGGGACUUGGAGUUGAAAAUGGAUCAAGGGAAUCCCUAUGAUGCUGAUGACAUCCAGGGGAGCAUUUCUCAAGAAGUCAAACCUUGGGUGUGCUGUGCCCCACAAGGAGACAUGGUCUAUGACCCCAGCUGGCACCAUCCACCUCCACUGAUACCCCAUUAUUCCAAGAUGGUCUUUGAAACGGGACAGUUUGAUGAUGCUGAAGAUUGAGUGUGAAGCCUUUCUGCCUUGUGGACGAGGUGGGGCCACAACAUAAGGUCUCUCUCUCUCUGUUUUUAGGUCAGAUGUCAUAUCUAGGAAAACGUUUUUGGUGAUCCCUGUGUCUGGGGUGCACAGACUGGUGUUGAAUAAGGCUCCCAUUCUUCUCCCCGGUUUCUUGUUGUUUUGUUCUUUGUGGGUUUCUCCUUGGAAAGUGUGAGUGUUUGUGUCUGUGUCUGGAGGAGGAGUUGUGCUCUUUAUAAAUAAAGGUAGAAAAAAAUCAAUAUACUUUGUCUACUUUUUCCCUCCCUUU